AUGUCUGUUAUUCUUGCAUCCGCUGGUUACGACCAUACUAUCAGGUUCUGGGACGCCCUCACUGGAGUAUGCUCUCGUACCAUACAACACACAGACUCUCAGGUCAAUAGGCUAGACAUAACCAGUGAUAAAAAAUACUUGGCGGCAGCUGGAAAUCUCUACGUCCGCCUUUACGAUAUACGCCAAACCGGGUCUGCUGGUGGCUCUGCAGUUGGCAAUUCUAGUACAAGUAACCAGGCUAAUAACUCCAAUCCCGUAUUGACAUUUGAAGGGCACACGGGUAAUGUAACAUCUUUGGCAUUUCAAAUUGAAAAUAAAUGGAUGGUUUCGUCUCUGGAAGAUGGAAUGGUUAAGGUGUGGGAUGUCCGCUCUCCGUCCGUACAGAGAAACUAUAAGCAUCAUAGCCCUGUAAAUGAGGUUGUUAUACAUCCUAAUCAGGGAGAAUUGAUCAGUUGUGAUCAAGAUGGAAAUAUUAGAGUAUGGGAUCUUGGAGAAAACCAAUGCACUCAUCACCUAAUUCCCGAAGAUGAUGUGCCCAUCAACUCUCUUUCGGUAGGAAGUGAUGGGUCAAUGCUCGUCGCUGGGAAUAACAAGGGUAAUUGUUAUGUGUGGAAGCUCCUGAGCCAACGAGACGUCACGUCGUUGACUCCAGUAACGAAAUUCCGUUCCCAUCUGAAAUACAUUACCAGAGUCGUUCUUUCGACAGAUAUGAAACAUUUGGCAACUUGUUCAGCUGAUCACACGGCGAGAAUAUGGUCAACUGAACAGAAUUUUAAUUUAGAGACUACACUUCAAGGUCAUCAACGAUGGGUGUGGGAUUGUGCUUUCAGCGCUGAUAGUGCAUAUUUGGUGACUGCAUGCUCCGACCACUAUGUUCGUUUAUGGGACUUGUCAAACAGCGAGACGGUACGUCAAUACAAUGGCCACCAUAAGGGUGCUGUGUGCGUUGCGCUUAAUGACGUUUAG